AUAAUUUUAUAAGAUUCAUAAUUUAUGUUUCGAGAGUAAAGGACUAAUAAAUAUUGAGAUGUUCUAGUUGAUAUACUUUGAUAAUUUCUGAGAGGUGGAAAUUGUGAAUGACCGAUCCAUUGUAACAUCAUUUGUAGCUGUUCCAUCAGUUGCAUCUGGCAUUAUCAAGAACUAACAUUCUUGAUGAUCCCUACAAGAAGUAAUGCAGUGGGACUUGGGUUAGAUUUGUUGCUUGGUUUGCCUACAUGUUGGCUAACUCCGUAGCAACGAUUGCCCUUGGCAUCCUAUCAAAUGACUUGGGGCAGAUAUAUGAUGAUGGAGGUCAUAUUAAUGUGGCUAACGAGCUCAAAGCAUUCUGGGCUCCCUUUUUCCUACUGCAUUUAAGUGGUCCGGAUACAAUUACAGCCUAUUCCUUAGAGGAUAAUGAGUUGUAUCUCAGGCACCUCUUUGGGCUAAUAGUCCAGACAACUGCCGCACUUUACAUCUUGUUACUUGCCUGGACAAGUUCUAAUCUUUCUUACCUAUCCAUUGUAAUGAUACUGGUGGGCUCCAUCAAGUAUGGGGAGAGAACAUUGGCCCUAUGGAAAGCAAGCAAGAACAAACUCCGAGGUAGUAUCCUCCCUGCUCCAGAUUCCGACCUAAGAUAUACUAAACUUAUGGAAAAAUAUGCCAUAAAAGCGGCGGAGGGAUAUUUCGUGGAAAUAAUAGAGAUGAAGGGAGGUCAGGCUAACUUGGAUGUAACAGUGCCUGCUGAAAGCAAACUUAAUUUAGUCAAAGCUGAUGCCUUAUUUCAGACAUUCAAGAGUUUGUUUGCGGAUCUAAUCCUUAGCUAUCAUGACCGGGACUGUUGGAUUUUUGAGGGUAAGAAGGAAGGGUUGAGAGAGCAGUUGGAGGAGAAGGAGAGAGACACCUUGGAGUUACCUCAUUUGGUCAGGUCAAACCCAUUUUCUUCCAUUGAUAUUCUGUUAUUUACAACAGAAUGAACACAGUAUAACAUAGAACAUAAAGCCAUGAACAUGGAAGGGUGUAGACAUUCACCCAACCGAAGAGGAGAAACCAUGAUUUCUCUUUCUCUCUCAAUUUUCAUCAAUUUCUUUCUUCCUUUUUAUAAAGGAAGGCUACACAU